CUGUCAGACUUAGCAUUCUAGCUUGCGUUUGUGCGUAUACAUAAAUUUUGUCACAUUAAAACUCAAUUUUUCAUAAAACAUCUGCAUGAACGUCAUGAUUUUCAUAACGAAUAGCAACCUAUAAACGUCUUCAAGUAAGAUAAUAUGAAUUCUUCAGUCUCUGAAAGGUCUUUCAGAGCCGGACUUUUAUUUUGCGUCAACGUCAUCGAGUGUUUCUGUUUAUACUUUCCGCUUCCGUUUGCGUUUAUUACAUGGAUGCGUCGAUACAAUCCACAAGUUAAUAAUAUUCUCUUUCACAUCUGAAUCAGACAGAAAUGAACAAAGAAGACAUGAUACGAACAUACAGCCAGGAUCUGAGUGGCGGACUCGAGAAUGUUCCUGUUUUGAUUGAGAACAGUGUUCCCAAAGAGGCUUUUUCCAACUUUCAGUAUGUGCUAGAAAGUGUACAAGGACCAGGCUGUGACAUUGAUCCUAGUGCGGUGACCCUCCCUGGCUGCUCAUGUCGUGUCCAGUCCUGCCUGCCCGACAGCUGCCCCUGCUUGAGGUUUGGCCAGACGUAUGACAGCAAGGGACGUCUGAACCAACAGCAAGAGGACGACGGCUUCAGCAGGCCUGUAUUUGAGUGCAAUGCAUUAUGCGCCUGCAGCGAGUCCUGCCAGAACCGUGUCGUUCAAAAGUGGGUCGAGGUUCGUCUGGGUGUUUUCAGCACCAAGGACAGGGGUUUGGGGGUGGAGGCUCUCGAGCGCCUCCCUUGUGGCCGUUUCGUAUGCGAGUACGCCGGGGAAAUAAUCGGGUCUCACGAGGCCCGCCGCCGCCAGCUCUCCCAGACUCCCUUAGAUAUGAACUACAUCAUUGCUUUGCAGGAGCACAGCGGAGGGGACAGGGUCACCCAGACGUUCGUGGACCCCGUGACCAUAGGCAAUGUGGGAAGGUUCAUCAACCACUCCUGCAAACCCAACCUGGUCAUGGUGCCCAUCCGAGUGCACUCACUGCUGCCCAGACUCGCUCUGUUCGCAAAUCGUGAUAUAGAAAGGUACGAAGAACUGACUUUUGACUAUGCAGGUGGGCAAAACAGCAACACAGACACACGGAAAUGGGAUAAAGCACCGACCGGGACACUCACAGGGGCUGAUGUGGAUAAAAUACCACUGAGAAAAGUCUGUCACUGUGGGGCUUCAAACUGCACAGGAUUUUUACCAUUAGAUAUGUCAGUUCUCCAUUAAAUAAAGUGUGUUAUGUGUCCUCAUGA